GCAGCAGCGUUGAACAAACUGUUACAAACUUCUACCUGUCCGACUGACUUGGAGUCAAACAGUCCGAGACCUCUCUCUCUGAAUAUCGAUCAUCCCACACAAUGGCUUCAUCUCUCUUGUGGAUUGUAUUGUUCAUGCCAGCUGUGUUGUCGUUUAGGGUCAAAGUGGAACCCAAAAAAGGUCUGUUCAGAGUCGGGUCGCAAGAAAGUGUGGUCUGCACCGUGGAGGACUGCGCACAGACUCCCGAGUUUACCUGGGGAGCUCUCCAGGACAAACCGAUCGCCGCGACCAUCGAAACGGCUGGCUCGAAGUCGAUUGUUACCUACAAAACAGUGAAAAAAAACGACGAGAACCGCUUGCUAUGCAGAGCUAAAUGCGGGGAGCAGUGGAAACAGGGUGAAAGCACAGUCAAGGUGUACGAGUUUCCUGAUCAGCCGAACAUCACGGGCCACGAGCGUCUGGUCCUUGGCGAGCCCGCCACGCUGACCUGCAACGUGAGUGCUGUAUACCCGGGCGAGGAAACGGAGCUGGAAUGGCAUAUGGUCGACGAGUCGGCGCCUGAUCCGGUGGAGGGCACCGAGAACACGCUCGUGUCCAGCUAUCGACUCAACAACGUUACGCACGCGCACGAAGGCCGCAUCAUCACCUGCAGAGCGUGGCAUCGCAUGUGGCGCAUCGGUAAAAAGAUCGACAUCCAGACGUCAGUGACCCUGACUGUGCUCUACGCUCCAGGUGAAGUGCAGGUGUCGGGGGCGGAGGAAGUGGAGGUGGGGGAGACGCUCUCCCUCAGGUGCUCGGCGGAGGGGAGGCCACGCCCACAGCUGCGGUGGCGUUUCCAGCCGCCGUCCGGUCAGUGGGAGGAGCUGGAGGACGGGGAGGAGCUCGUCGUUGCCAAGGCAACGCACGGCCACGCCGGGCAGUACCAGUGCGUGGCCAACAACACCCUGGGCGAACGCCACACCAGCAUCAACGUCAGCGUCCAGGGCCCCCCCAGGAGCACGAACCUGACCAUGAGCCCCGUCCACCCCAUCAGGGAGGGGGAGUCGGUGACGUUCUCCUGCCGGACGCUCAGCGUUCCCGUGGGGACGGUCCGUCUGUUGCUCGGGGACACGGAGGUGCGGUCUGCGGAGGGCAGUGAGGUGAACUACACCCUGCCUGCUGCCCAGCUGGACCAGGCUGGACUCUACCGCUGCGUAGCGUCCAACCAAUACGGCACACACACCAACAGCACCCAGCUCACCGUCACAGCUUACCCUCUGCAGCUAGAGCUCCUCCCAGUGGGUGUGGUCACCAAAGAGAUUGGCUCCAACCUAACCCUGGUCUGCGAGGCUUCAGGGUGCCCCCACCCUCAGCUGUCCUGGGGGAGCCCCUUGCCGGCGGGCGAUGGCGAGCUGAGGCCCAGUACCCUUGAGCUGACACUCAAGCUGGACACCCCCGCCCAGGAGGGCAACUACACCUGCCACGCACGCUGCGGUUCUGUCACCACCUCCCGUCACACACAGGUGGCGCUGUACUCCUUCCCCAGUGCUCCGCUGGUCGAGCGAUCUGGCUCUCUGCUGGAGGGGGAGAUUUCCACCUUCCGGUGUGUUCUGCGGGAUGCGUACCCCCCCGAGGCAUUCCGCUUCCGCUGGUUCCUCGGAGACCAGGAGCAGACGCCUGCAGAGACCAUCCCUCCCUUGGAGUCCAGAGUUUCCAUGACGAUGAAGCAGUCUCUCCGGGGCCUCCCACUCACCUGUCAGGCAGAGCUGCUGAUGGGGGGCGUGUCCGAGGAGCAGAGGCGGAGCUCCAUCGCCGUUACCAUAGACGUCCACCACCCCCCAAGGAGCACGAACCUGACCAUGAGCCCCGUCCACCCCAUCAGGGAGGGGGAGUCGGUGACGUUCUCCUGCCGGACGCUCAGCGUUCCCGUGGGGACGGUCCGUCUGUUGCUCGGGGAGACAGAGGUGCGGUCUGCGGAGGGCAGUGAGGUGAACUACACCUUGCCUGCUGCCCAGCUGGACCAGGCUGGACUCUACCGCUGCGUAGCGUCUAACCAAUACGGCACACACACCAGCAGCACCCAGCUCACCGUCACAGCUCCACCCCGGAACACCACAGUGGAAGUGUUUCCGUCCCAGCGGGUGAUGGAGGGGGAGAACAUCACCAUCUGCUGUCGCUCCGUCAGUUUCCCGCUGCCCGUCGUCACCCUCACCAAGCUGGGCAACGCCACCGAGAUCCCCUCCCACAACGGCACCUUCGUCCUCACCAACCUCAUGCCCAGCGACGGCGGGGAAUACCAGGUCAACGUCACCAACGAUCUGGGCUUCCACACGCAGGUGUUCACCAUCAGCGUGAUGGAGAAGAGCAGUGCGCCCUCUGAUGGCUGGGAGGCGUUAUUGAUUCCCGCCGUUGUCAUGGGAUCAACGCUGGCCUCCGCUGCUCUGCUGCUUGACUUCGUGUUGCGGUCCAGAAAGAAGGGGUCCUACAAGCUGGCCAAGAGCAACCCCAGCUCCGCCUGAAC